AUGAAUUUAUUAGUUGGUUUAGCUGUUGAUGAUAUAGCAAGUGUUAUGCGUGUAGCAACACUUAAACGUUUAGCAAUGCGUGUUAAAUUAACACUUGAUGUUGAACGAAAAUUACCACAACGAAAAUUUUUUUCCUCAAUUCGUCGUUUUCGUACUGUUGCAUAUCAACCAUCAUAUUGGCAAAAGUUUUUAAAGAAAAUAUUUGGUAUACAAACUAAAACACAGUUCGAUAAAAACUUUACUCGCUUAGAAGAAUAUGGUUUAAUACCAACAGCAGGUAAUCAAGAUCAAAAAUCAUCAUUAAUAACAACGAAUACAAUGAAUCUACCUAAAAUUGAUGAUAAAACUAAAUCAUCAUCAUCAUCAUCAACAGCAACAACGAUUGGUACAGGUGGUAUUGGACUUUCAACUGACUGGAUUACAAAUAUUCACACACAAAUAAAUACAAAAUAUAAUGAAUUUAAUCAACAUAUGGCACAAUUAAAAACGCAACAAGAAAAAAUUAAUAAUAUUUUACAGCAAUUUCCAACAUCUGCAACAAGUAGACAUAAUUCACAUUCAACAUUUACACCUACAACUUGA